CCACAUGUCGUCCAAGGUCUACGCCCGCCCUGGCGAGGCCAAGCGACGUGUGACUACGUCAUUGCGAUUGGUGUAUGAGGUCUGUGACUUGGUCUCUGCCUUUCUCGCCCGGCUCUCGUCUCCUUCUGCUUCUGCUUCGUCUUCUCCUGCUCUGGUUGACCAUGCCCGUGGUGGUGGCACGCCUUCUCAACUCGCUCCUGCCACUGCCUUUGACGUCCUGGGCAUUCUGAUGACCCUUGUCGACAUCGCAGUCUCGCUCACGGUGUCUAUGUUUACCUGUGAUGUCCAGAGCGAGUACUUUGCUCAUGCUCCUGCCUCGGCUCUGGAAGCCAUGCCCGUCGCCAAUCCUGCGCUUCUCCUUGCUCGGGUUGGUCGCCAGGUCGCGGGAAAGCUCGCUGCUGCCGGUCAGGUCCGCGACGCAGAGUCGCUCUUCAAGACCAUGCUCAGAGCCGCCGAGUCGUUUCCGGAUCCACAAGCCAUGUUCAUCCAUGUUCUCUCUGCUGCUAUGGAGGUCGGUGACAUGCUUCUGGUCCCCGGAGCCAUGCUCGAUCCAGACGGCGCACGCACGCUUUACGCACUCGUCGAGCGCGCCUUGGACGACUGCCCCGGCAUGGUUGUCCCGCCGCGAGUCGCCGAGAAGCUGAUGGCGUCGCUCGCGCACAUCGAGCUCCUCUCGUACACUGUCGCCCCGCCUGCGUGCCGGGCUGGGGCGCCGCUCUCGUCGUGUGCUCGCCGGAGGUCGUCGUUCCGCGGCCAGCGCCGCGCCCGUCCCUCGUACGUCGCCUCGGCUGUGCGCUACGCCCAAGCUGUCGAGCAGCAGGCCGAAGGCGAUGCCGCGGCUGCCUACACCAAGCAGCUUGCGCUCCUCUCCAACGAGCUCGAGUAUGUCUUCCACUACACGCCCGCUUAUGACAUUACCAGCUACGAAGGCCGUCUGCAUAGGCUCUCUGCUGGGCUCGACUACCAGCCACUCGCAGAUCUCGUGGAUGAUCUCCUUGCUCGAGCUGCGCUCGUCAUGGCCGCCCGCCACUACGAGCAGGCUGCACAGCUGUACGCGCUGGCAUGGAAGGCCGCCCUCGCGGCCUGUGAUCGCUACAAUGACUCGGACCUUGCAAGCGGCUCGACCGCCACUUAUGGUGCCGUCUGCGUCCUUCGCGCCUCGAGCGUACCCGGUCAUCGUUGGACGACCCUCGAGGUGAUGGAGGGCUACAACGCUGCGCUGCGGCUUGUUCUCGACCCGCCGUCUUUGGACACGCCGCCGCCGCUGCCGCGCAUUUGCGCUGCGCCCAUGCCGUGGGAGGUCCACAAAGCCGAACUCGCCCGCUCGCGUGCGGCAGCUGCAGAUGCCUACGCCGACAUUGACGCUGGCGAGCUUGGCAUGGCGCUGAGCUCGGCGCAGCUAGUUACCUCCACGCUUGGCAUCAUGGAGCAGGUCACGUCGGACCGCGUACAGCUCUUCACCCGCUUAGUUGACGAGACUGCCGCGCUCAUGGGCCCGCCGCCAUUCAACAUUGGCUAUGCCAUGCUAUCGCUUGGCUCAAUGUCUGCCGCCGCCAUGUGCCACUACUCUGACGUCGAGUUUGCGAUGCUUGUCGAGCCGCUGUCGUCCAACGCCGACUUUGCCGCCACCGUCGCCUCUCACGUCUCGCAGUCGUACUCGGCCAUCCGGGCGCGAGUCUCGGAUUGCCUCGCCGCAGAGGCCGAGUCGGUGCUCGCCGAGCCGGCGGCCUUCCCGCAGUACGUGGGCAUGACUGUGGCCGACGUUGUCGAUGCACUCCGUCCGCUCCGCUCCGGCGAGCUGGCGGCAAAGGCGCGGUCGUCGCUUGUCGCCGAGCGCAUGGCUGCAGCCGAGCCUGCCGCCGCCACCAAAGUCCGCGACUACUUUGAGUCGUUUGUCGCUCUCCUCGAGCUCAAGAUUGUGGCUCUUGGCGAGACAUCGCCGGAUCCGCUCAACCCACGGUGGAAGCGCGGGUUCUGCUUUGAUGACGGCGGCAACACCCCGCUGGCCAAGGACCCGCCACUGCUGGGCACGCCUGCGGAGCUCGCCGCGCAACUCCGCCCGCGCUCCGAGUUUGUCGACGACCUCAUUCUUGUCGGUACGCUUCCGGACGCCGGCUACUUGUGUGGAUGCCCCAAGCGCGGGCCGCAACUCUUUGCCCAGUUCCAGACUGCGCUGGCCGAAGUUCUAGACGCGCCACACCCGAUGCUGACCGGCACUGUCCGCCAGGUCUACGGUCUGACGCUCAUCCGCGAAUCCGUCAACGCCUCCUUCCAACCUCGCCACUUUGGCACCUCGCCCGACGCCACGCUCAACGUCAAGUCGUCAAUGUAUCGCAUGACCUCGCUCUGGCUCCUCGGCCUCUCACUCUUCUACGGUGUGCCACGGCGAUCGGCGCCCGAGCCGUACAUGACGUUCCCGCAGCGGAUUGCCGGACUUGUCAGCCGCGGCCACCUGUCGGCCUGCGUCGGUCGGUCGUCGUCCAAAGUCCUCGCCUUUGCAGGUCUCAUCCGUGCCACCGUCCAGGCCGCCGCUGGCACCGAGGCCGACAGCGUCAUGGCUUCGUGGCCUCACUACAUGCCGCCGUCUGAGUGCACCGCGUCGGCGAAUACGGCACGUGUUGCCGAUCGCGAGGCCGCUCGUGCUGCUGCGGCGCGCGCUACCCUCGAGAUUGUGCCCGGAGUCCUCGCCCGUCUGGCGGCAAGUGACAGUGGCCACGAGGCGUCACCACGCGGUACGGGCACCCGCGGCGCUGGCAUCUACCGACUCAGCUGCUGCCAGACCCACGGCUAUCACUCACUCUUCCAAGGCUACCUCAUCCCGCUUGCCGGCACCAUCGUCGAGUACAUUGGGCGUGCCGAGUCGCUCGGCUUUGGCGCAGUCCGGACUGACGACGAGGCGCUGUCUGGCCAGCUGACGCGACAGCACAUUGCGUUUGUCGACACCUCGCGGCUUGUGGCCGGCAUCACCAAGCGGUCGUUGGCCAACGUCUCGAUACCAUCGUUCAUCAUGACUCAGUUGUCGACCAUCCGCGGCUCUGUAUACGCGCUCAUCUGUCACACGCCGUUCCUGGCGUUCUCGGACGCACCAACCGCCCAAGUCCCGCCGCCGCCACCUCCGCAAGUACCCGGACUGUUUGUCGGCUCCGAGGCUGCGCUGUGGAUUGACACCCACAUGCCGGGCCAGCAGACCGAGGUCGUCUCGUUUGCGCAGGCGCUCCUCGACGCCGGCAUCAUUCGCCACUGUUGCCAUUCGUGCACCAAGCCGUGCAGUGCUCCGUUUGACUCGGGCUUUGAGCUGUACACCUUUCCGCCGCAGGAUGAGCUUGACGCAGCCAUGGAACGUAUUGCAAGCGCGCACGCCGCGCACGCGGCGCAAAGUGCGUACUCGAGCGUGACCCGCGGCAAGGUGUACGCAGAGGACCCGACGCUGUUGGCCAUCCGCGACUGGUCGACAGCGGGCCAGCACAUGCCCGCGGACCUCAUGACGGUGGCGUACCAGUCUGACUCGGUGUGGCCACUCCUCGAGUCACGGCUCGAGCUGGAGCUCGAGCAACUUCAGCAGUGGCAGGCCGCGCUUGUGGCGCUGGCGUCGACUGAGCCUGACGACUCGCACCUCCAGCGCCACUUGCUCUACCUCGAGGCCGGACUUGCCAAUCUGCAAGUCAUGUACGCCGAAGUACUGGCCAAGCUUGCGCGCGCGAGUAGUCCGGAGGCCAAGGCCGAGGUGGUGGCCAAGGGUGUGCUUGCACACGGCGUGCUCUCGGGCCAUCGCCUGUUUACACCCAGUGUGGUGGCGCCGGUCCUGGCAGCCAUGGACAGUCACCGCGACUCGCGGGACUCUGCCCCCGUGGCGACGCCGGUCUUUCAAGCCAACGUCGCCGGAAACGCGGCAGGCUCGGAAGCCGAAGCCGCGCACGACUCGGAUGAGCGGGCGAAGAGCGGGGGCCAGCUCUCGACGAGCACGCCACAGCAGCACAUCGUGUGCAAGCGUCAUGCUCCUGCACUUUUUGGCGGCGGGUCGGGCGCGGGCCUGUUUGAGCUUCUUGCCUUUCGUCGCGACGCCUCGCAAGCGUACAAUUGCCGAUUGAUGGAGACAAGCUCUGUGGUGCAGUUGGUCGGCGUUGGACACGAAGCGCGGCCGCUGCGGGAGGCGCUCGCCGAGUGCGCCGGGCCCCUGACCAACGCUGGGUGGCGCAAGUCGGCGUACACGGAGCAGCUCUUCAUGCACCUGCUGCUCGAGCCGUCGGUGGUCGAACCGGAGAACUACAUGGCGUGCGCUUCGACACGGGAUCGCAACACCCAGUUGGUUGUGGGAACCGACUUUAGUGGGUGGUUCGGUGCUUGCCCGCGGAUUCCACUGCAUGGGCGUGGGCGGUCGCGGUCGGGCUUUGCGCUCCGCGGCUCAGAAUCGCACGGCAGCGUGAACGGUGGCAAGGGCGGAAGCAGCGACGGGAGUGGAGCCGGCACGGCCGCGACGGAGCGGCUCGCGCUCGACGCGGUGUCACGGAUACAGAGACGACUCGCCGAACUCACGUUUUCUUGCAUGGACGAGCUGCAGUCGCCGAUCGACGCCGAGGCGCAGGAGGACUUUAUGCGGCGGCGGCCGGAGCAGGUGCUCUCUGCAUGGCUGGAAGGCAUGAUCCGCCAGAACAUUGCGUACCGUGAGACGUUUACCCUUCCGCAGCUGCAGUCGCUCUACGACGGCGGCGACGGUAUUCUCGUUCCGUUUGUGCUUUCGGAAGCGGUGGUGGCGCAGGUGUACGAGCGGUACUUGUGGUUGCAGCGCGAACUGCGGCAGAACACGUCGGGAACGCUGACUCAUGCACAGCUGCUGGCCAAGCGGUUCCCGGAGCUUGGGCAGGUGUACGCGAGCGUGACCGAAGUGAGCGAGAUGGACGCGCUGCAGCGCUAUGAGAUCGUGGCCAAGCACUACACACACGUUCUGGCAUCGGAUGGCAUGGUUCUCGACGAGGGCCAACGUGCGUUCCUGAGACGGCGCGGGAUUGAUGCGAGCGCACAUCCCAAGAUGUACGUGAGCACAGUGGGUGGAUGCGAGGCCGAUCUUGGCGCAUACUUUGCCAAGCACUGCACGCCCGAGUACGGGCUCUCUGUUCUGUACUCUGCGUACGAGGUGGAGGAGCAGGUUGCACUCGCGAUCGAGGGCAUGUGCUCGGGCUCGCCAGAAGUGUUCGAGCAGCUCGAUCUGCGGCUGCAAGAGCAGGCGGUGCGGCGGGUGCCAUGGCGGGAGGUCAAGCCCAGCAAGCUCGGCUCUGUGCUGCAGUGCGUGACGCUGCUCGCACCGCGGCUCGAGUCGCUGUACCUGCGGCGGGCGCGUGGGCUGGAUGACGCAGCGCUGGAGACGAUUGCGCGUGGUUGCGCACGGCUGCGGCUUUUGGAUGUAUCGUGGAGCCAGGGUGCGGUGGCGCCCGGGGCUGUGCUCGCGAGCAUGGGCGCGCUGGAGCACGCGGUGCUGGCACAUGUGCAGAGUCUGCAGUCGCUGGCGGGGCUGGAGCGAUCGGGCAGUCUUGUCUCGCUCGACCUGCGCGGAUGUCCGAGCCUCCACACGCUGCACCUGCCGUCGUACCCAAUGGACAUCAACGCGUGCCGGUUCACGUACCACGGGCUGUCGGCGGUGGUUGUGGGAGACCAUGCUUGGCAUCCGAUUGUGUUCCGGGCAGCAGUCGAGCUGCGAAUGCACUCUGUGGCGGAGGUGGAGCUUGUGGCGCUGGCCGGCGAGGCGGCUCGUGCCGGCAGCGUGACGCAGCUCUGUAUCCGCAACUCUACGCUCUGCUCCCAGGGCUCGGAUGCCAUGGCGGCGUUGCUGGUCAACUCGCCGCUGCUGGAACGGGUGGACAUGCUGGGGGUCGGGCUCGGGCGCAAGUGCGUGACCAAGCUGGCUGACGCCAUCGAGCGCGGGUGCCCACGGAUCACGACGCUGGUGCUCGGCGGCAACGUGUUGGCCGCCAAGGGUGCGAGCCAGCUCGGGCGGGCUCUGGAGAAGCACAACGUGAUCGAGUUCUUGGAUGUGUCGCGGGCCAAGGUCGGGUCGUCUGGCACCAAGCUCCUGCUGGAGCCGCUGGUCCGGGCCGGCAACGCGAGCCUAACACAUCUGGACUUGUCAGGCAACCCGCUGGGCAACACCGGCGCCGGAGUUGUGGGGCGGGCGCUGGAAAACAACGCUCUGCCAGUGCGGAUGCUGCGGAUGGCCAAGACCGGGAUGCAGAACAAGGGCCUGGUGGCGCUUGCCAGCGGCCUCCGGCACAACUCGCUGGUGACACGGCUCUCGCUGUGCGGAAACCGGAUUUCGGGCGCCGAGGGCGUGCGGGCGCUGAUGGAGGCGAUCGGAGCGGGCCACUCGGCGAUGGCACGCCUCUCGCUCAGCCGCAACAAAGUCGACGACGCCGGAGCAGUGGUCAUCGCCAGCGAGCUGCACAACGCCGGUGCGCUCUGUGUCCUAGAGCUCGAGCGCGCGCAGGUGGGUGUGUUGGGCGCCGGGGCGCUUGCACGCGCGCUCGAGUCUGCGCCGCGGCUGCAGCGGCUCCGGCUUGCAAACAACGCGUUCACGAUCAAGGAGGUCCGCGGGCGCGGCAUGUUUGCCAGCGACAUGUCUGUCCGGCAGCCGUGCGAGGUCGUGCUCGCCAGCGACGAGGUCGUCCGCAUCGGGCUCGCCCUCGACGCCGGAAGCACUUUUGUCUCGGACGAGAGUUCCGAGUGGCACUCGUCGUCGACAUUGGGAGCGUCGGACGACGACAUGUCGAGCGAGGGUGACAGCACCGGCGUGUUCACCUCCCUCGACUCUGACUCGUGGGAAUAA